GACUUACCUACGUCAAAGUUUAUUAUUCAUUCAAUACAGUAUCCUCAGUGAAACUCGACUCAUCACUCAGUCGAGUUUUUGAUUAAAACUAACAAUAAUUGAAGUAGUAUUCGCGUCGACUGCCCAGAGUCCGCGAAUUUCUGCUUAUCAACCGAUAUCGUUGGGUGUGACUAGCUUCCCGUUUGCUGAGAAACUUAAGAUUAUUCGUGUUUCAGGUUACUAAAAAUGUCCCAAACUCUAACAUUUGGAGAUUCUUGUGCGCCGGUAACUUGCCAUGCGUGGAAUAAGGAUAGAACCCAAAUAGCAUUUUCUCCUAACAACAAUGAAGUUCACAUCUAUCAAAAAGAAGGUAAUGAUUGGAAGCAAACCAACAACCUAGUGGAACACGACCUGAAGGUGAUGGGUAUUGACUGGGCUCCCAACACUAACCGCAUUGUAACUUGUUCUGUUGACCGCAAUGCUUACGUCUGGACUCAAGGAGAUGAUGGAAAAUGGACAACAACCUUGGUCCUCCUUCGUAUCAACCGAGCUGCAACCUGUGUAAAAUGGUCUCCAAUGGAAAACAAGUUUGCUGUAGGGUCUGGAGCUAGGUUAAUCUCCAUUUGUUACUUUGAGAAGGAGAACAACUGGUGGGUCUCCAAACACAUCAAAAAGCCUAUUCGUUCAACUGUGACAAGCAUUGACUGGCAUCCAAAUAACAUUCUCUUGGUUGCUGGCUCAGCAGACUUCAAAGUAAGGGUGUUCUCAGCUUACAUUAAAGAUAUUGAAGACCAACCUGGACCAAAUGUUUGGGGCACUAAGCUGCCUUUGGGCCAACUGUUGGCAGAGUUUCCCAACUCUCCUAAUGGAGGUGGAUGGGUACAUAGCGUCUCUUUCUCAGCAGACGGGACUAAGUUUGCAUGGGUGGGUCAUGACAGCUCCAUCAAUGUAGCUGAUGCUACUCAAGGCAAAGCUGUUAUCAAAAUGAAGACUGAAUAUCUGCCAUUCUUGGGAUGUAGCUGGGUGACCAACAACUCUCUUGUGGUGGCAGGACAUAGCUGCAUUCCUUUAUUGUAUUGCCAUGAAGGUAACCAGAUUAGUUUUGUAGCCAAACUGGAUAAUACUCAGAGGAAGGAGUCUGGUGGACUGUCUGCCAUGAAGAAGUUCCAGUCUCUGGAUCGCCAGGCGCGCAUUGAAACUAAUGAUACUUUCCUUGAUUCCAUUCAUCAGAAUGCUAUAACAUCUAUCCGCCUGUAUGAAGGCACUAAAGCUAACACUCGUAAGUUCAGCACCACAGGUCUGGAUGGACAACUGGUCAUCUGGGAUUUGGAUUCUUUGGAAAGGUCUAUUGAGGGACUGAAGAUUGUUUAAAUCAGAUUUCAUUUAAAUUUAUGAUUUUUAUUUUAAGGAAUAAUAUAAUAAUCAGUUUGCGUGCGAGUUCUGAAGUCACUCCAAUAAAAAAAGAUAAACAUGGAAAGCCGUGGAAAAGUAAAACUUCACAAUCACAGUCUGAUCAGUCUAGCUAGAAAAACAUGAAGCAAAUAGUAGCAGUGAGUGAAUUCAGCUCCCCAGACAGUAAAAACUUUCAAAUAUACAGAAUAAACUAUAAUAAUUUAUAGAUACAACUUCUAUGUUUUUUUAUAAUAUACAAUUUAAAAAUUUAACUUGAUAAUCAAAUCAAUAAUUUAUAAUAUAAAUUAGAAAUAAGACUACUACACCCUAUAAAUAUAUGAUAGAUCACUGUUAAUACUACUGAAGUACUGAUUUCUGUCAAUAUUACAUUAAAUUUUAAGGAAUCAA